AAGGGGGUGUGGGCUUUGGCCAUAGCUCCAGCACUUUCGCCGCUGCUCUCCGCUUUCAUAGGGUUUAUCUCUUUCCUCUUCCCCUCUCGCGCACGGCAGCCGGAUUCCCUACCGCAGGCGAGCCACCACGCCGGCCGGAGCUCGGAGAUAAGGUAGUUGUUUAGCAAGCAAUUGAGAAUGUCGUCGGUGCAGCUCUCCGGUGCCGGUGUUGCCACGGUGGCCUUCAACAACACUGGUCUGCGCCCCUCUCAGGCGUCAGCAGUCAGAGUGUGCUCAUCGAGGCGCUCAUCUCGUAGCCUCGUUGUCAGGGCUGCCACUGUCGUCACCCCGAAGUAUACAUCACUCAAGCCUCUGGGAGACAGAGUGCUUGUGAAGCUUAGCGCAGCUGAGGAGAAGACCAUUGGUGGAAUUUUGCUUCCAUCCUCUGCGCAGUCCAAGCCUCAGGGAGGCGAGAUUGUUGCUGUUGGAGGGGGUAGAACCAUUGGGGAUAAGAAGGUGGAGGUCAGCAUACCGACUGGAUCUCAAGUUGUAUAUUCAAAGUAUGCUGGUACUGAGGUUGAAUACAACAACUCCAAGCAUCUUAUUAUGAAAGAGGAUGACAUCAUAGGUAUUCUUGAAUCUGAUGAUGUCAAAGACAUGAAGCCUCUCAAUGACCGGAUUCUCAUCAAGGUUGCAGAGGCUUCAGACAAGACUGAAGCUGGUCUUAUCCUCACCGAGACAACCAAGGAGAAGCCAUCCAUUGGAACAGUCGUAGCUGUUGGUCCGGGCUCUCUUGACGAGGAAGGCAAGAGGCAGCCAUUGCCAGUGUCACCAGGCAGCACCGUGCUGUACUCCAAGUACUCAGGCGGCGAGUUCAAGGGAGCUGAUGGCACGAACUACAUUGUGUUGAGAGUGUCUGAUGUGAUGGCUGAGCUCUCUUAAGUGUGUGGUUUAUUACUUUGUUUCAGUUUUGAGUUCACGAUAUAGGCUAGCAUGAGUGGUAAGAUUGCUAUGUGAUAACCACUUGAUGCUGUUUCGGAUGAUUACGGAAUUGUACGAGCAAACCUGUUGUCUGGGAUAAAAACAUUUACUGAAUUUGUUUACAAAGGGAGCUUAUGCCUGUUUUCUUGUGCUUC